AUGCCGUCAGCUAUGAGCGCUCACAUCGAGCAGGCGAUUGUUCCAGAUGAACACGUCAAACUCAUUCUCUGCUUCGAUGGUACUGGUAAUACCUUCAGUGGUACUAAUGCCGACACCAACGUUGUCAAGAUUCUUCGCAAGCUUGAUCGCAAUAACAACAAGCAGUACCAUUACUACCAGACCGGUAUUGGUACCUACGAUGUAAAUGAGAGUUCUAUCCACAAGUCAACUUUCGGGGAGGUCAAGAGCAAGAUCUCCAAGGUAAUUGACCAAGGUUUCGGCACAACAUUCGACGCUCAUAUCAUGGCUGGUUACCGUUUCCUCAUGCGAUACUAUGAGCCCCAGGCCAAGAUUUACAUCUUUGGCUUCAGUCGUGGUGCUUACACUGCAAAGUAUCUGUCACGCAUGGUCAACAAGGUCGGUCUCCUUUGCAAGGGUAACGAGGAGAUGGUACCUUUUGCCUAUCGCCUUUAUGCCCGCGCUCUAGAAUGCGAAAGCGCGGAUCGUCUCGCUACGCAAAAGGGUAGUGUCUGGGGCAUGGGCGGUCCUGACGAACUACCACCCCAAACAAACUCUGAGACAUCGCUCAAUGGUAACAAUCAGCCAAACGAUGUACCCAAUGGGGUUAGCAACGGCGCAUCCAAUAGCGUCAAUGAUUCUUCAUCGUCUUCGUCUGAUUCAUCCGAUGACGAACAUGCCCCUGCUGGCGCGGAAGAGCCUACCGAGACUGACGACGAGGAAGACAAGACAACUUUCAUGGCUGGCAAUGUCAACAUCAAGAGAGGGAAUGAUACCAAGAAGGCUAGAAGGGAAGUAAAGGCCUUCAGUCAAACCUUCUGUCGAAAUGAAGGCUCAGAUCCUAAGAACCACAAGAACAUCAAGGUGUUUUUCCUCGGCAUGUGGGACUGUGUUAACUCUGUUGCUGUUGUCGAGAAGAAUGCCCCAGCACCUGUCGAGAUUACUGGCACUGCGAAGCAUGUUCGCCACGCUGUGGCUGUCGAUGAGCGUCGCGUCAAGUUCAAGCCUGCUCUUCUAGCACAGGACAUUCGAACAGUCGUCAAGGAGGCCCAGGAUAAGGCGGAAGCGAGGCGCAGAAAGGGGAAGAACCCCAAGAAGAGCAAAAAGACCGUGGAGCAGAUGAAGAAGGAAGAAGAGGAGAACAAGGAGGAUAUCAGAGAAGUCUGGUUCCCUGGAAACCAUGGCGACAUCGGAGGAGGUUGGCCUGCUAUGCCUGAACUUGUGUCCCCCGACAAGCUACCAUGGUAUACGCGUCUCGGCAACGUCCUCACAAGUAUGAAGCCCAAGAAAAACGAAGAUGAGCCUCUUCUCAGGAACAAUGAUCUUCAGAUGAGCGACAUGGCUCUCGAUUGGAUGAUUCGAGAGGUCACUCUCGUCGGAGAUCAAGAACCCAAGUCUGCUGUUCACUGGUGCCACACUCUUGACAAGUUCAGAAACAAUAUGGACGACACAAAGACACUCGUUGAGGGAAAGACAAAGCUGCAGAGAUAUGUCAUUGAGGGCUUCAAGCACGACACUCUUUCCUUUGGUUACGGAUCUUCUGUCUUCAAGGUGAUUUUGUGGAAGUUUAUGGAAUGUCUCCCAGGAAUUCCCCGAUGGGAACUCAACGACAAGGCCGCGAAGGAGGAGGACAAGGGCUGGGAAUCACGACGCUGGACUCCCAACUUUGGCAGCUUCCGUGAUAUUCCACGUAGAGCUGUCCUGCACAAUUCUCUCAUUGAGCGAUUGAAAGCUCAGGACAUCAACUAUCGCCCCGGAAACAACCAUGGUCGUGGCGCGCCUUGUUUGUUGGGUGCUGGUAAGAAGGAAGUUGCCAAGAUGAAGAAGGCAGAGCUACAGAACCAGAAGGAUCUCAGCACUUACGAUGACGAGAGGGAGAGGACAUGGGCUGCGAGACAUCAGCUUUGGCAACUUGAGCCGAAGGCUUAG